AUGCCUCUACUUCUCUCCGCGCUGUUGGUCUUGCUGCUGGUUGUGCUUAGCGCACUCUUCCUAGGCCAAUGGCUUGUGGUCCGGUUGGCCACCAGGUGGUGUCAGCGGAAGUUGCAGGCAGAACUAAAGAUUGGCUCAUUCCGAUUUUUCUUCCAAAAUGUCACUCUUAAGUUUCAGCAGCACCAGCAUACGGUGGAAAUUGACAACUUGUGGAUUUCCAGAAAACUCCUUAGCUAUGAUCUGCCACACUAUGUGGCAUUGUGCUUUGGAUAAGUACGCAUCAGAACAGACCUCCAGAAGGUUUCUAGCUUGUCUGCUCCAUUCUCUCAGAACACGGAGGUGGAGCAGAAGGAGCUGUUUCUUAGCCCUUCCUUGUUGAAGAUCUUCUGCCAACUAUUCUCCAUUCAUGUCGAUGCCAUAAACAUCAUGGUUCUCAAGGUGGCCACCUCCGAGUCCUUGUGGCACAUCCAGAUCAGCAAAAGCAGAUUUCUUUUGGACAGUGAUGGGAAAGGUCUAAUCUGUCAGGUGAACCUAUCAAAGAUCAAUAGCAAAAUCUUGAAGAGUGGUCAGCUGGAGGAUACAUGCCUGGUAGAACUGUCACUGACCCUGGACCUGUGUCUACAGGUGGACAUCAGCAGUUGGCACCUGAGGGCUAUCACUACGGAUGUGUGUACGCUCCAUGCUGAGCUCCAUGAAGGUCUCUUUCAUAGUCAACUACUGUGUCAGACCCCAGGCCGGAAAUCCAAGUCUGUUUCUUGUUCAGAUUUGACAGAGGACUUUGCUGAACCAACUCUGCCUGGCCUAUACCUUCUCCAGCAGCUGCCAGACCAAGUCAAGGUGAAGAUGGAGAACACAAGUGUGGUGUUGUCUAUGAAUAGUCAGAAGAGGCACCUGACUUGGACACUGAAGCUGCUGCAUUUCCUGUACCACCGUGAUGAGGAUCAGUUGCCCCUUCGAAGCUUCACGGCCAACUAUGAUAUGGCACAGAUGAGCACUGAACUCCUACUAGAAGAUGGGUUGCUGCUGUCCCAGAGUCGCCAGCGGAUUGUCUGCCUCAACACCCUCGAGGCUAAUGUCCAGUUACAGCUAAACCAGGAAAAGGCCAACCUGCAGCUGGAAAGUGAAGAGCUCAACAUCCUCAUCAGAUGUUUUAAGGAUUUCCAACUGCAGCGGGCCAACAAAAUGGAGCUGCAAAAACAACAGGAAGAUUUGAGUGUAGUCCGUCGCACUGAGUUUUACUUUGCUCAGGCACGUUGGCGCCUGACUGAGGAAGACGGACAGUUGGGAAUCGCUGAGCUGGAGCUACAAAGGUUCCUCUACAGCAAGGUGAAUAAGUCUGAUGACACAGCAGAACAUCUCCUGGAGUUGGGCUGGUUCACUAUGAACAAUCUUCUCCCCAAUGCUAUCUAUAAGGUGGUUUUGCGGCCCCAGAGUUCCUGCCAGUCGGCGAGACAGCUAGCCUUCCGCCUUUUCAGCAAAGUCCGACCACCUGUUGGGGGUAUCUCUGUUAAGGAACACUUUGAGGUGAAUGUGGUGCCUCUCACUAUUCAGCUGUCGCACCAGUUUUUCCAUAGAAUGAUGGGAUUUUUCUUUCCUGGUCGAAAUGUGGAAGAUGAUGAAGUUGGUGAUGAAGAGGAGAAGUCCAAAUUGGUGACAACAGGAAUUCCAGUAGUGAAGCCUCGGCAGCUGAUGGCAACAGAUGAUGCAGUUCCACUCGGCCAUGGGAAAGGUGUAGCACAGGGUUUGACUCGGAGUUCUGGGGUCAGAAGAUCAUUUUGCAAAUUACCUGAGCACCCAGCUGAUGAUAUUGACAAGAUGAAAGAGCGAGCUGCCAUGAACAACUCCUUCAUAUACAUAAAAAUCCCACAAGUUCCACUGUGCGUCAGUUAUAAGGGUGAGAAGAACAGUGUGGACUGGGGUGACCUUAACUUGGUGCUACCCUGUCUGGAGUACCACAACAACACGUGGACAUGGCUGGACUUUGCUAUGGCUGUCAAAAGGGACAACCAAAAAGCUCUGGUUGCCCAGGUAAUCAAAGAAAAGUUAAGGUUGAAACCUGCAACAAGGUCUGAGGUCCGGGGAAAGCUAGAGACAAAAUCGGACCUGAACAUGCAACAGCAGGAAGAGGAGAAAGCGAGGCUCCUUAUUGGUCUAAGUGUGGGUGACAAGAACCCUGGCAAGAAGUCCAUCUUUAGCAGGCGCAAGUGA